AUGUGUCCAGCUCUGUGUCUGCGAAGAGUGACCAAUCAAAAGAAGCACCACCGAAAUUCAGUGAGAAAAAAACAUCACCAAACAAAAGGGUUCAACAUGAGAAAUCAGGCACAAAGGUUCAGAAUGGCCACUUCCACAAGAAGUUCAGAGAAAAUCUCCACAGCAUAUUCCAGCAUCUUGAGGACAAAAUAAUAACAUUUUUGAAGUACGAGCUGGAAAAGUUAAAGAAAAUAUUAAAAAAGGAAAACACACAAUACUUUGUGAGAGAUAAAGAUGACAUGUGCAGUAUCAAAGAAGCAGCUCUUGAUCUCGUACUCUACUUCCUGAGAGAGAUGAAGGAAGAUGAAGCUGCUGAUACUCUGGAAGAUAAGCUGGUCUUCAUGCAUCUCAAAUCAAACCUAAAGAAAAAGUAUCAACGUGUGUUUGAAGGAAUUGCAAAGCAAGGUGACGCUACACUUCUGAAUAACAUCUACACAGAUCUCUAUAUCACUCAGGGUUGUAGUGAACAGGUCAAUACUGAACAUGAAGUAAGACAGAUUGAAGUUACUUCCAGGCGUCAUGAAUCACAAGAGAUACAGGUUGAAUGCACUCAUUUAUUUAAACCUGGAAAAGACAAGAAGAUCAAAACUGUACUGACAAAAGGAGUUGCUGGAAUCGGGAAAUCAGUCUCUGUGCAAAAGUUUGUUCUGGAUUGGGCUGAAGGAAAAGAAAAUCAAGAUAUCAGCUUCAUAUUUCCUCUUCCAUUCAGAGAGAUGAACUUACAGGAUAAAGAAAAACUAAGUUUGAUGGACCUUAUAACUCAGUUUUUCCCAGAGACAAAAGGACUGAACCUUGCAAAGAGGAAUAUGUACAAAGUCCUCUUCAUACUUGAUGGAUUGGAUGAAUUUCGUCUUCCUCUGAACUUUAAGGAUAAUGAGACAUUGUGUGAUGUAUUGUCACCAGCAUCGCUGGAUGUUCUUUUGACGAAUCUCAUCAAGGGAAAUCUGCUUCCUUCUGCUCUCAUCUGGAUCACCACCAGACCAGCAGCUGCCAGUAAGAUUCCUCCUGACUGUAUCGACCGGGUAACAGAGAUACGAGGAUUCAAUGAUGCACAAAAGGAGGAAUACUUCAGAAAAAGAUUCAAAAAUGAGAAUCAGGCCAAAGAAAUCAUUGAUCAUGUUAAAAAAUCAAAGAGUCUCUUUAUCAUGUGCCACAUCCCAGUCUUCUGCUGGAUUUCAGCCACUGUUCUCCAAAACAUUUUGGAAAUGAAAACAAAUAUUAAUCUGAAGAACAAUCAGUCUAAUGAUGCCUCCAAAACACUGCAGGAAUCAAACACUGUAGACACUCCUAAGACUCUGACACAAAUGUACACACACUUUCUCCGCUUUCAGAUCCAGCAGAGCAGACGGAAAUAUGAUGGAGAUUACACACCAGAUGUUUCCUGGGAUAAAGAUGCCAUCCUUUCACUGGGGAAACUGGCAUUUCAACAACUGGAAAGAAACAAUGUGAUCUUCUAUGAAUCAGACCUGGAAGCCUGUGGUAUUGACGUCUAUAAAGCAUCAGUGUAUUCAGGCAUGUGUACCCAGAUCUUUAAGGAGGAAACAGGGAUCAUUCUUGGUACCAUGUACUGCUUUGUUCACUUGAGCAUUCAAGAGUUCAUUGCAGCCCUUUAUGCACAUCUGUUUCUAGACAUACACAAUAAAAGUGUGUUUGUUCAUGAGUCUACAAAACAAGACAGCAAAAAGAAAACCUUGACUGAUUUGCUCAAGACUGUAGUUGACAAAGCGCUUGAGAGUGACAAUGGACACCUGGACCUUUUCCUUCGUUUUCUUCUUGGAUUGUCAAUCCAGUCCAAUCGGCUGCUGUUACAAGGUCUGUUGACACAGCAAGAUGAAAAUGACCAAAGCAAAAAGGAAAUUGUUCAGUACAUCAAGCAGAAAUUUGAAGCUAAUCUGUCUCCAGAGAGAUCCAUCAAUCUGUUCUACUGUCUGAAUGAACUGAACGACCAAACUCUGGUGAAAGAGAUUCAGACCCACCUUAGCAAAGGAAGUCUCUCACCUGCUGAACUUUCUCCUGGUCAGUGGUCUGCUUUGGCCUUUGUGCUGUUGACAUCAAAGGAAGAGCAGGAGGAGUUUGAGCUUCAGAAAUUCAAGAAAUCAGACGAGUGUCUUAUUAGAUUAUCAGCCGUCAUCAAAAACUCCAAAAUAGCUCUGCUGAAUGAUUGUGAAUUAACAGUCAGAAGCUGUUCAGCUCUGGCUACAGUUCUUGGUUCAGAUACCAAUCUGAAAGAGCUGAACAUGAACAAUAAUAAUCUGCAGGAUUCAGGAGUGAAGCUGCUCUGCACUGGACUAGAAAAUUUAAAGUGUGAACUGGAGAUACUUAGACUCUCUGACUGUGGUAUCACUGAAGAGGGUUAUAAAGCUCUGGCUUCAGCUCUGAGAUCAAACCCUUCACACCUGAUAGAGCUGGAUCUCGCGGGAAAUGAUCCUGGACAAUCAGGAGUGAAGGAGCUCAGUGAUUUACUACAGGAUCCAAACUGUCAGCUGAAGACACUGAGGUUUUUGGGACCUGAUGCAAAUGAAGCCUGUCAGUAUGUGACUGGAAUUGUGGGUAAAAACCCGUUACUCCUGAGAGAACUGAAUCUGAGUGAACAUGAACUAGGAGACACACGAGUGAAUCAGAUUGCUGCUCUACUGCAGGAUACACACUGUAAACUCAACACACUGAUUCUGAAUAACAGCGAUAUCACAGAAGAAGGUUGUCAUGUUCUGGCUGCAGCUCUGAAUUCAAAUCCAUCAAAUCUGAAAGAGCUGAAUCUGAGUAAGAAUAAACUAGGAAACUCAGGAAUGAAGAUUAUUUUGACUCUGUUUGAAAAUGUAAAGUGUAGACUGGAAAAGCUGAAGUUGAACUUCAUCAGUAUUACAGGUGAAGGUUGUGCUGCUCUGGCAUCAGCAUUUAAUUCAAACCUCAGAGAGCUGGAUCUGAGCGAGAAUCAACUAGGAAACUUAGGAGUAACAGAAAUCUCCAGUCUGCUGAGAAAUUCACAAUGCACACUACAGAUACUCAGACUUUCAGACUGCAGUAUAACUGAAGAAGGUUAUAAAGCUCUGGCUUCAGCUCUGAGAUCAAACCCUUCACACCUGAUAGAGCUGGAUCUCACAGGAAAUGAUCCUGGACAAUCAGGAGUGAAGGAGCUCAGUGAUUUACUACAGGAUCCAAACUGUCAACUGAAGACACUGAGGUUUUUGGGUCCUGCUGCAAAUGAAGCCUGCCAAUAUGUGAUAAAAGUUCAGGGUGAAAACCCAUUACUCCUGAGAGAACUGAAUCUGAGUGAACAUGAACUAGGAGACACACAUGUGAAUCAGAUUGCUGCUCUACUGCAGGAUAAACACUGUAAACUCAACGCACUAAUCCUGCGUGGAUGCCGUAUUACAGAGAAACAGUGUUUCAUCCUGACUUCAGUUUUGAAAUCAAACCCAUCACACCUGAGAGAGUUGGAUCUGAGUGGAAAUAAUAUAGAAAACAAAGGAGUGAAGCAUUUAUCUGAUCUACUGAUUGAUCUCCACUGUAAAAUGGAGAGACUGAGGUUAAGAGGCUGUGAUAUGACAGAUGAAGGAUGUUCUGCUCUAACUUCAGCUCUGAAAUCAAACCCAUCACACCUGAGAGAACUGGACCUGAGUGGGAAUAAACUUGGAGACUCUGGAUUUGAAAACAUUAGCAAUCUACUGAUGAUCCCACAAUGCAAGCUGGAAAUACUAGCACUGUGUAAAUGCAGUAUUAAAGAGAAGCAGUGUGUCUUCCUGACUUCAGCUCUGAAAUCAAACCCAUCACACCUGAGAGAACUGGACCUGAGUGGAAAUGUACUUAAACACACAAGAGUGAAUAAAUUGUAUGAUAUACUGAAGGAUUCACGAUUAAAACUGGAAAGAUUGAGGUUAAGGUACUGUGCUAUAAAAGCUGAAGAUUGUUCAGCUCUGACUUCUGCUCUGAAAUCAAAGACAUCACACCUGAGAGAACUGGCCUUGAGUGGGAAUGAACUUGGCCAGUUGGGAGCAACAAACCUCUGUGAUAUACUGAUGAAUCCACAAUGCAAGCUGGAAAAACUAGAUCUGUGUAGAUGCAGUAUUACAGAGAAACAGUGUCUCAUCUUGACUUCAGCUCUGAAAUCAAACCCGUCACACCUGAGAGAACUGAACCUCAGUGUGAAUCAACUAGGAGACUCUGGAGUUGAAAGCCUUGGAGUUCUGUUGGGCAGUUCAGAAUGCAAACUGGAAAAAAUACAUCUGUGUGGGUGCAGAAUUACAGAGAAACAUUGUCUCAUCCUGACUUCAGAACUGUGUUCAAACCUUUCACACCUGAGAGAGCUGGACCUCAGUGGGAAUAAAAUAGAAAACAAAGGAGUGCAGAUCCUAUGUGACAUACUGAAUAGUUCACACUGUAAACUGGAGAGAUUGAGUCUAAAUGACUGCGGCAUUACAGAUGUUGAUUGUUUGGCUCAGACUUUGGCUGAAACAAAAGCACUGCAGUUUCUAAAAGAGCUUGAUCUGAGUAAUAAUAAAAUAGGAGGCUCAAAACAGCAGAUCAUUGAUGUGCUACGAGACUCAAACUGUGAAUUGAAUCUGGAGAAAGAGCAUUUGCUCAGCUGGAGAGCUGGUGUGAACUACAUUGGUAGUUUUGGUGGGUGGUUAACAUCCUUGACUAAAGCUCAGGAGGAUCCUGUGGAAUCAACAGAAAAAGAAAAGGUCACUGUUGGAUGAGGAAUUCUCAGCAGGUUCUCCAUUUAGUACUGUAAGAAAUCAGUAUGUGUGGUAGUAAUUUUGCAGAGACAUUGCUAAACCGCAAUUAAGAAAUUCUGAAAUGCCAAACUUACAGCUACUACAACUUCAAAUAGCUGCUUAACAAAUCGAGUUUACAGGUGGAAAAUUCUCAGACCUUAAAAUUAAAUAAUGCAGUAUUAAUAGAAGCAUGUGAGUAAUGUUAAAUGCUUAUUGUUAAUGUAGUAUUCAGUUUAAGGUCUACAUCAUAAUGAUGUUUGGAUUAAACUCGUCCAUAAUGAUACAAACUGAUAGUCUAAGAUUGCAUUUAAUUAUUGUGGGCUACAUAUACGAGUCCUAUCAAAAUGUUAUUUUUAAUCUUUACAUUUGUAUUGCAAUUUAUUUUCUUACAUUUUAUAUACAAAAUAUAUUUAUUUAAAUUUGUUAUGUAUCCUUCUGUCUCAUCAUGAGCAAAUAGCCUUUUUCUGUACAUAAGACAAUGCUUUGAUAUAAGAUGGAGUCAGUUCUCUACAUCAACCCAGAAUAAGUAAUCUUUAGUAUUGCCAGUUGACAGCAUUUAUAUACCCAAAAUCCCCAUAUUUGAAGUUGUUGCUUUCACAGUCAGCAGUCUAUAAUGCUUUCUACUUAACAGUUAUCAUCUUGCUUUUUGUACUAUAUUAUGUAUUUGCGUAUUGUAAAUGUAGAGUCAUAUAUACUUUUAUAUUCAUACUUUAGUCUUUUCAUACUGUGUAAUAGUUUUAUAUGCAAGGCUGAACUACCUCCUAUGUUUCUGAUAAGAACUGAUCAACAAGUACAUGUUGCUACCAGGAACUGGGAAGUAUGCUAAUGCUUGAGCAAACAGAGAGGGAGAUAUAUGUAGCAGUGAUUUCUGUGUUCUACACCACUUCUCAUCUGACAACUGAAGAUAAGUGACAUUAAUAAAAGACUAUUAACCUCCA